CCUCAGUGGGGCCCAGCAAGACUCUGCCCCCGCCGGUUUACCGCCUCAGCAGACCCAGUCUUAGGUCACACCAGGAUGUCGGAAACGGAAGAGCAGGAAUAUGAGGAGGAGCAGCCGGAAGAAGAGGAGGCUGCCCCCGCCGAGGAGGAGGAGGAAGCCACCGAGGAGCCGGAGCUGGUGGCAGAGCGAGGGACCGACACCCAAGCCUUCUUCCCCAGCCUGGAGGAAUACUUACAGAAGGAAGAGGAGCGCCCCAAACCAAGCCGGCCCGUGGUACCUCCGCUGAUCCCGCCAAAGAUCCCAGAAGGGGAACGUGUGGACUUCGAUGACAUCCACCGGAAGCGCAUGGAAAAAGACCUCCUGGAGCUGCAGACCCUCAUUGACGUGCAUUUUGAGCAGCGGAAGAAAGAGGAAGAGGAGCUCGUUGCGCUGAAAGAGCGCAUUGAGCGGCGCCGAGCAGAGAGAGCUGAGCAACAGCGCUUCAGAACCGAGAAGGAGCGCGAGCGGCAGGCUAAGCUGGCGGAGGAGAAGAUGCGGAAGGAAGAGGAAGAGGCCAAGAAGCGGGCCGAGGAUGAUGCCAAAAAGAAGAAGGUUCUGUCCAACAUGGGGGCCCAUUUUGGAGGCUACCUGGUCAAGGCAGAACAAAAGCGAGGUAAGCGCCAGACAGGGCGGGAGAUGAAACUGCGCAUCCUGUCUGAGCGUAAAAAGCCUCUGAACAUUGACCACAUGGGAGAGGACCAGCUCCGGGAGAAGGCCCAGGAGCUGUCGGACUGGAUCCACCAGCUGGAGUCCGAGAAGUUUGACCUCAUGGCGAAGCUAAAGCAGCAGAAGUAUGAGAUCAACGUGCUGUACAACCGCAUCAGCCACGCCCAGAAGUUCCGGAAGGGGGCAGGGAAGGGCCGCGUUGGAGGCCGCUGGAAGUGAGGACGUGGGGCCGUGGCCCGCCCUGAGGCGCCGGGAGCAGUCUUGAGUGUUCGUCCAUCUGUAGCUUGAAAUAAAUGCUCCCCCUGCAGGCACCUGCUGAAUUCUUUGAUUAUUAUUAUUAACAUGCA